AUGACUCAAAAUCUCGCCUCGGCUUUUUUCCUUGUCUCCCUCCUCUUUGCGGCCUCUAAUCCACCGGCCAGUGCUCAAAUACUCCCCGAUUCUGUAGAUCUCCUGAAUGUAGCCGGGCAGCUCUGCUGCACGAGCAAUGGAAACUGUCCCGGCCAGGGAGUUUCAGGGGCACUCGUCUCACUGAAUAGCAAGAUUCAUGACCAGACAACUGCCUUGGCCCAAGCCACGACCAACAGCAACGGGUCGUUUGAUAUGAAAAUUGUUAAAAAUUUGCUGAGACUUAUUGCUAAUGCCCGGCGCGAAGUCCGUGUAUCGUCACUAACUAGCCCAAAUCUUUCAGCGCCACGCCGCGUCAGACUCCAUGCUGCGGCAGAUGAGUUCCUCGCGCCGCGAUGCGCCCUUCUCCCACGCCGUGCCAUAGCCUCGCGCCGCGAUGCGCCCCUUCUCCCACGCCGCACCACUAGCACGAGGUCGACAGAGGCCAUAUUUUCUUGCGUCACGCCGCGGCGAAGCCGCUCCGCGGCACAUGUUCUUUUCUACACCGGGCCCUCCUAUUAA